CGCGCACCAGGCCGCGGACCGUCCGGCCUCAGGCCGCGGACAGUCCGCCCCUGCGCGGAGAAUACCACCGCGCCUCGCACCAGGCCGCGGACCGUCCGGCCCUGCGCGCGGAUCGUCCGCUCCUGUGCAGAGGACACCGCCACAGUUCUCUUGAGUAAUUGACGCCUGUAUGUUGCCGUGGCCUAGAAGAGACCAGGCAGGGAGUACCUGCCGAGACAAGUGGAGUGCUCCCUACGCAAAAAGUGUAGCAACCGGUCUACUAUAAACAACAACGCCUCGUGUCGUGCCGAUCGAACUGAGAUUGUGUAUUACACGAGUAUGAACAGACGGGGGCUCUUGGGUGGGUCUGGGCAGGGCAUCUCCGGACUCCCACACAGCUCCUCUUGGUGGCGCCCUCUGACAUCUCCUUUUUCCUCGCCUUCGAUCGGUGGCCGCCGCCCUCCUCGACUUCCGUCCCGCCGCCAUGAAGGGACCCGGCCUCUUCUCCGACAUCGGCAAGAAGGAAGGAUCUACUCACCUACGACUAGAAGCUGUCCAUCUCCACCGCCAGCGCCUCUGGAGUGGCGCCCAGACCCGGCAAUCCGUUAGAAUCCGUUCGUCGCAGAGGCCAUGAGCUCGGCGCAGGAUCCGUUCUACAUCGUCCGGGAGGAGAUCCAGGAGUCGAUUGAUAAAUUGCAAAGUACCUUCCACCGCUGGGAGCAAACUGCUUCAAACACAGGAGAAUAUGUUCAUCUGACAAAGGAGCUUCUGAUCAGCUGUGAAAGUAUCGAGUGGCAGGUAGAUGAGCUAGAAAAGACAAUCUCAGUUGCAUCAAGGGAUCCGGCAUACUAUGGACUUGAUGAAGUUGAGCUUUCCAGACGAAGAAACUGGACUGGUUCUUCUCAUAAGCAGGUCGGUACAGUCAAGAGAGCUAUUGAAAAGGGCAAGAGCAAUGCAGCAACUUCAAAAUACCAGGAUACAAGCAGGACCAACCACUAUUCUGCCCAAGAUAAUGAUGACUUUCUUUCUUCAGAAUCAGAUAGACAGCUUCUACUCAUGAGGCAGCAGGAUGAAGAACUUGAUGAGCUCAGUGAAAGUGUCCAAAGGAUUGGUGGCGUGGGACUAACCAUACACGAAGAGCUGUCUGGACAGGAAAGGAUCCUAAACGACCUAAGCUUGGAGAUGGAGACUACUUCCAACAGACUUGAUUUCGUGCAGAAAAGAGUGGCCAUGGUGAUAAAGAAGGCCGGCAUCAAGGGUCAGAUCAUGCUGAUCGUGUUCCUGAUUGUUCUGUUCAUCAUUCUUUUCGUUUUGGUGUUCUUGACAUAGCCAAGUGCACCAGGGUCCUCGGUUUUCUCUCUCAUUUGUUGUGCCUCCCUAGUACGAACACUAGUAAAUUGGUCGCGCUCCGCGUGAGUUGUUGCUUGAUGUGCUUACAUAAGAUGUAGAAUCUUGUUGCUAUAGGCAUGUAUCAACAGGUGCUAGCAGCUUGCAGUUCUCCUAACAGAAACAGGUCGAAGCAGAUUUUUUGUUCUCCAAGUGAUCAGUUUGUCCAAGGUUGUUAGGCUUUCCGUAAUCGCUUCGAGUUUGCUUUUCAA